AUGAAUCGACCAUCGCACGAGGACGACGGCUGGGACCAUCCGGACUGGAACCAAAAUCCACCUGCCCUGGCCGGAGACUUGACUACCAGGAAUGAUCUGAACGGCGUCGUCAAUUCUAGACGCAACCGCGACCGGAGAACUGAUGACGAUGACUUGAAUCGAAUACAUCUGGAACCCUACGAACUCACCGAAGUGAAUGAGAAAGGCAAGAGUUUGCCUCGGGUUACGGAGGACCCGUACCCUGGCCCUAGUGGCCACCAUCCGGAGCGCUCUUCGUCGAUAUCGACGUCGCGCUCCGCCGAGAUGCCUGUUUCCGGUGGCAGGCAGCUCGGUAAUCGCAUCAUUUCUGUCUUGGGCAAGUACGCAAAGUUCGUCGGCCCUGGCGUCAUGAUCUCAGUCGCCUAUAUUGAUCCUGGAAACUACUCUACUGCUGUUGCAGCUGGCUCAACUUUCCGCUUCAGGCUUCUGUUCAUGGUCUUCUUGUCCAACAUUUUUGCCAUCUACUUGCAGUGCUUGUGUGUCAAGCUCGGCUCAGUGACUGGCAUGAACUUGGCCGAGAUGAUCAGAGCUCAUUGUCCCCGAUGGCUCAAUUGGAUCCUCUAUCUUUUCGGCGAGGCAGCCAUCAUCUGCACUGAUAUUGCAGAGGUGAUCGGUACUGCUAUUGCUUUGAACCUUCUUUUCCAUAUUCCGUUGGUAGCUGGCUGUGCCAUUUCCAUCGUGGACGUUCUUGUAAUUCUACUUUUCUAUAAUCCAAGUGGCUCCGUCCGGGGAGUCAGAAUUUUCGAGGGCUUCGUCGCUUUGCUGGUCAUCGGUGUUGUGGUCUGCUUUUGUUACCAACUUUCUGUGAUCACGAACACAUCUGUAGGCGAUGUCUUCCGUGGAUACCUUCCUUCUUCCGCUCUUGUUAAAUCCAAAGGUCUUUACCAAUCAUGUGGUAUUCUAGGAGCUACAGUUAUGCCCCACUCUCUGUAUCUGGGUUCAGGCAUUGUGCAGCCACGUCUCAAGGAAUACGACAUUCAACACGACAAUCUCCCAGCUACUUCCGACGACGAUGACGAACCGGUUAAGUACCGUCCGAGUCUCGCAGCGGUCCGCUCAUGCAUGAAAUACUCCAUCGUCGAGCUCUCAUCUUCGCUGUUCAUCUUUGCACUGUUCGUCAACAGCGCUAUCUUGAUCGUGGCUGGAGCAUCACUCUAUAACACCGAUGCUGCCAGUGCCGACCUCUUCGGCAUUCAUAAGCUUCUGGCACAUCAACUCGCUCCUGUAGCAGGAACAAUCUUCGCUCUCGCGCUCCUACUCUCUGGUAUCUCAGCCGGUAUCGUCUGCACUAUUGCAGGACAGAUGAUCUGCGAGGGCCAGUUGUCAUGGGCCGUGAAGCCUUGGGUACGCCGCUUGAUGACACGCUCGAUCUCCAUCACACCCUCUAUCAUCAUUGCUGGCGCUGUGGGACAAAAGGGUCUUUCUGCUGCGCUCGAUGGCUCACAGGUCGCUCUCAGUGUCAUCUUGCCUUUUGUCAGUGCCCCUCUGAUCUACUUCACCUGCCGUCAAAGGUACAUGACCAUGGCUGCUAGCAAUGGCGACUUGAUCAGUAUGCGUAACCAUUGGCUUACUGCUAUCGUUGCCGUCUUCAUUUGGGUCGUUAUCGUCGUCAUGAACGUCGCGCUCUUGGUAUUGUUAGGCUUGGGUGUAGAUUGA